CUUGAGACUAUUUGUCAGUGACCUUGAUAGUGCCCUCUAUUCGCCAAGCACGUACAAAUUUUGCGCUACUUGGUGUCAUGCUCUGAAGUUUCUUGUUGACGUCAAAGUGAUCUUCAAACAGUCCAGAUCAGUAUUUCUAAUCUUACCUUCUAUAUUGGUAAGUUUCUUCAAGGUGGUUGGAUUGGACCAAUGAAAUAAUUAUCUCAUCACAACAAAAUUAACUUUGUUUCUAACUCUACAUCAACGUUCAUAUUUCGGUUGCUUAAUGGAUGUGAAAGUUGGUAAACCGAGAGAAAAGACUUCAUACUACGGUGGGGAUAAAGUUGACGCUGACGAUGAAGAAUCUCAAAAGCUUUGUAUAAAUGAUUGUCGACAAAAGCAGGCAGCAUUGUACCCUCCCUUUUUGUUCAAAUCAUCGUCGGCACAGUUACUUCUCUCACCUCCAGAUGCAAGUGAACUUCUUGUUAUAACUGGUCAAAGUAGAAUUCAUCUGUAUAUACAGCGAAAUUCGGACGAACUUUCGCUCAAAACAUGUGAAAAUUGCAAUAACUCUAAUCACUCAAACAUCUCAAAUCCUAUUGAAGUCGAUUUGGCCGUUUGCAAACUAAAUAAUCUUAGUAUUCCAUCGUUUCCUCAAAAUUUGUCUUCUGAAGUUUCAAUAUUCCGGUCUCAUGGACUUCCUUUACUUGUUUGGCCUAAAUCAGCUGAUAAAAUACUCAUUCAAAAGUAUUUAAAUGAUAACUAUCCGGAUUGUGGUCGUUGGUUUAGUGAACUAGAUAAAGUAACCGGCUGGUUGGAACAAAAAUGGAGGCCAUUAACACGAAACUUGGGCAUAGUUAAUAAUGGUGAAAUCAGUAAUAAUGAUGAUAAUUGGAUCAGAUUAGAUAAGAAUAUAUGUAUUCGUGGUCUUCCCUCGGAUUGCGUUGCUGUAACUUAUUUGAAAAAACGUUCAACACAAUAUGAAAAAUACGCCAGUUUAUUAAAAAGUUACUUUACUCAUCGUCUACAAUUCACAGCAGCUUUUCAUCAUAAUCCUAUACAUAGAGAACUUGAAGAACAUUACAAAGAAAGACUCGCUUGUUUAAGUGAAGAUGCUGGUUAUUUUAAUGUUAUUGGGAAUCGUCUCAUUCAAGUGAUUAAUAAAGCUUUAUCAUCUGGUAAACCGUAUUCUCUUAACCCAAUCACUUUCACUUCUUCUAUCAGUGAUUUAAGUAUGAGAGAACAAUGUUUACAUGCUUUACUACCUGGCAAUGAGGUGAAGAAUAUUAGAAACCAGAAGAGGAAAUCCACUAACGAACUGUGUAGAAUCGAUGGUCUUUCCGACACGGAUAGGUAAUAAUAAUUGAAAUUCGUUAUGUUUUUAUCUUUCCAUCUCUUCUUGUGGCCAAUCAUGUGUUGUUUCUAUUUUUCCCAAAGUUUCUUAUCGGUUACAACUAUAGACUAGUAAUUGAAGUUUAGUCUUUUUUCGGUGAAGACAAUAGGGCGAAAGCAUGGUAUAGCGACGAGCUUUAAACAGUCACGAUCAACUUCCAGCUACAUUCUGACCAAUCAGGAAUCAGCCUUUAUAAGUAGAUAGCUUGUGGUAAAGAAAACAAUAAUAUUGCGAAAAAUAAACAGAUUUUAUAGAAAAUUGAUUUUAUUAAUGUCUUGUACACGUUACACUACUUAUAAAUAAAAAGCAACGACAUAUAAACUCGUUCUAAUGGAUAUAGGUUGUCCAUAUAAUCAAAUUCUCAGGAGAAUCCAAACGGCCUAUUAAUAGUUCGUACACUGAUUAUUAUACAUGGCAUUUGAAUUUUGUGCGGAAAGCUAAAGAUUGGGUUCCAAAUUGUGAAGACUCGUCUCUGAAGUGUACUUCCAUCGACAAUAAUGGGUGAAGUUUAAUUAUAUAAUACUGAAUUUGUCAUGUGUACUAUCACUUCAUUGGUUAUUUCAGUUAUCCACUUGUUUUUCUGCUAUAAAUCAGGAAGUAUUCACCAUAUUGUAAUGUGCGAAAAUUAGUACUUGUCUACACAAUUUUGAAACUGUCAACACCCUUAGUAGUACAGUAAACAAAAAAUGUUAUAGAUGCAAAGCAAAGUAGGAGUGGAAAUGACAUGAUAUCCAUCAUAGUAGUAAAAUAAAUGUAAAAUUUAUUUUAGGGUAAAGAGUACGAAAUGUUCGUGACUUAAAUUGUCUACCACGAACAGAUUUUUAUACUCGGCUCCCAGUCAAACUUUGUGUGUUAAAGUUAGUGAUACUAUCCCACUGCUCAAACUCAAGUAGGUGAAUCAAUAAUGUUCGAACACGCGACCAAGCGGCUAUAUUUCGAACAUCUUAGCCACUAAGCCACCGAUCCACUGUAUGAAAUAAGAGUGAAUGGAACUGUGCUACUGCAACGUUUUUUUGUCUUAUCACUCAAUAUCGCCAACCGCAAAUUACUAUCAUUGCGCUGCUCUUUUUCAGGAAAUUCUCACUUUGUGAAGUCCCUGUCAAAGCAGUUAGUUACUUUGUGGAAUGGUGCCAUGUAUUGGUUUAGCUUCCUUUAACCCCCAGAAAUCAGUCAUUAUUAAGAUUAUUCGACCUGAAGAAUGUAGAGCAAGUGUCGUGUUGAUUUAAAUAACUUUCUAUACUACUUUUGACAAUUUAUUUUGUUUGAACAAUCGUACACAUCUUGAUAAAAUACCAUAAUCAUAAUAUUUCUUAAUUGUGAGUUUCUUUACGUUUCAGUCAGUUUAUUGAUAGUCAAUCU